CGUUUACUUGGGAGGAUCAUCUUGUCGAAAGUAUUUAUCUCAUAUUUAUUCAAUAGAUCACCAUGAGACUGCAGGCGGUGUGCUUACUGUGGAUCCUGCAGACAGUCCAGGCUCAGGUCCAAGGAACCAAAGAUCCGAGCGUGUGCGAUGGUGCGGUGAUGCGCCAUGGCGUCGGGUUCAACCCCCACCCCUCCGACUGCUCUAUGUUCGUUCAAUGUUUCGAGUAUCCGGGCGGUCGGAUGAGCCCCGUGUACAGGUCGUGUGAGUACGGGCAGUUCUGGGACCACGCCAAGCUCCGAUGUCUACCCGCUGACAGUGUCAACUGCCCACACGACAAAUGCAAGACGGGCGUCAAGUCGUACAUGCACUCGGACCGGAACCAAUGCGGAGCAUUCUGGGAGUGCCUGAACGGAAAGGCGUACGGCCGCUGCUGUCCCGACGGCGAGGCCUACAGUUCAGCAAAGGGGUGCGUCGCAAGCAAAACAUGUACCGACAUGUGCCCCCUUAAGGAUCGUGUUCCAGGGUGCGGCAGACGGCCAAUUUCCGGAGCUGCGACCAAGUAUGAACAGUACACUGACAACGGUAUCUGGAAGGAGAUGAAGUGCCCCAGUGGUCGGGCUUACAACCCUAAUGAUUGCGAGUGCUCUAUAACCGGGAUCAUAUCAUCAACUUACAAAUGCAAACCGGAUGUUGUGCUGUCAUUCAACAAAGGCACAGCUGAAGACGAAUCCGGCAAUGGAAACGUGGUCAAGCUUACGAAUGUCGUUCUAAAGGAUAACGCAGCUUACUUUAACGGUCGCUCCAAGCUCAUCAUCGAAUCCCUGAAACCAACCAUUUACGAUAUGGGAGACUUGGUCAUCAAGAUGAAGUUUAUGGAAGACAAGCGUUAUUCUUCAAGCCUGCAAGGCAUUCUGACCAAUGGUCAUUGUGGCAAGGAAUCGCCAGUCACGCCCUCUGUCUUGGUUGUAAAGGCACAGAACGUGAUCGUUCUUGGGGCGGAGGCCAACUUCUCAAGAUCAAUUGAACUGCCCAUAGUCGACAAACAAUGGAAGGAUAUCAUUUACAUCCACAACAAGGUGAAACUCGAGGGCAGGGUUUGUGGCGCCACUAAGAACGAAUUCUGCGUUGGAAACCUUAAGCCAACUCCUUGCGGGUUCCAGUUUGGAUCGGUUGAUAUCAAACCUUACAUAGGUUUCGUUGGGGCCCUGGACGAGAUCUCCAUAUACAGGUGCAAGCCACUUGAUGCUGUGGUAAACGUUGGUUAUUAAGAUCUAAAGACUUUUUUUCUGCCAAACCAUACGUGUAACACUUUUGUGUGUGUUGUAAUUAUGUUUUGUACUUCAAACAAUUUGAGUCCGUGAAUAUAAUUUUAAGGUUUUUUUUUAUUCAGAAAUAUCUGAAAAAUGUCGCAAUAUUUUUUGUGUGCAUCGUUUGUGAAUUUUUUAUACAACGUAUUUUAUAUGUGCUGUUUUAUUUAUUUGUAGUUGUAUUUCAAACGAUUCUUUGCUUCCUGAAACCAGUGUUACUUUAAAAUAAUGGAAGCCACACUUGAAUAAGUUCUUGUCAUUGUAAGAUUAUAUUCAUGAUUACAUUAAAAACGAAUUAUUGUCAAGAAUGAGGGGUAUGAUCUACUCCAAUUUAAUGUUUGAGCUGUCCUAGUCAUAAUCGUUUACAAAAAACUCGACGUCAUUUGUGUUUGUCACCGAAGCUUUUAGCUCUGCAGUUGAAUAUUUAUUACCAGCCUUUAAUGCUUUGGUCUGUUAUAAUAUUGCAUUAAUUUCUUGCGAUAUCCCGCCUCUCUACACCGUAUAAUUAACAUUCCAGUAAAGCAUUUUCUAAUGUAAGUCGAUUUCAACACAGAAUUAUAUUGGUACACUGUCAGGAUUACAACCCGUUUCACUGAAGACAAUAUUUAAAUUAUAUACGUCUCCAAAACAUACGAUGUACAUCCCGUACACAAACUUCAUGUUUCCAUCAAUGAACAUGUAAUUGUAAUGAUACAUAAAUCCUUAUUCUUCAUGUCAUUGUGUUUUUAGGUUAAUUUUUGUGAAGUGAGUAUUGUCACAUGUUAAUUGUAUACGUCAUUAUGGUUGACUUUAAUGUAACACAUUAAAUCCGUAACAAUGUACACAUGUUACGUUUUCCCUGUCUUUCACAAUUAACGGACAUAAUAAUCAAAUAUGUUAAUUUCAAGUAAUAGACAAACAAAUGAUCUUAUUUUGAACAGUUGGUUGCUUAAAAAAUGCGUAGCUCUUGUAACUUCACAUGUUACAACAUGCACUGAAUGUGCAUUAAUGUUAUAUAUAUAUUCUGUGAUUUCAAAUUGCAUUAUAUUUUCCAUAUUUUCAAAAAACUGUCUACACCAAACACACCAUUCAGAACAAUGAUUAUAUUGAGAAAACUAACUUUUAUGUACCAAAAAGCAUAACAUGUAGAUGUUUGCACCUUGAUCUGUAAAAAAUUUCACAAUUAAUCGUAUUGAAUGUAGUUCCUCAUGCAUUUAUAUGUUCCAUUAUUUAUGUAUCAUUUGUCUUUAUUUAUUUUACUGACAUAUUUUGUUAAAUAAACUGUUUAAUAUACACGUGUAUGUGAGUCUUUAAUUGAUGGCCACUUAUUUUCGAUUUUUAUAAUAACGAAAAAGUUCACUGUUUGAUUCAAAGGACCAACUUGUUAUAAAAUAAGAACUAAAACAUGUAUUUCACCUCAAAGCAUAGCACGGAUUAUAAAUGAGGUCGUCACCUAAUGCAAAACAAUCACUUUUUGUCUCAUUGAUAAACUGUAUUAAACUGUGCGCAUUCAAAACAUACAAUUGUCGCCAUAAUCAA